AUGUUCAGGAAGGUGUCACAAACAGGUAGAAAAUCCUUACGAACACUUGUCAGUAACUUUCAUCUGAAUGUGAACAGGUCACCUUUAGUUUUUCACUCAAGUGUUUCACAAUGCUUAAGGUCACUAAGAGGCUGUAGAACUUACUCCUCGCAAGCUUCGGAACUACCAUACUCCAUUGCCCAGUUAUCAGCAAAGGAACAAACUGCCAAUAGAGAGUUGAAAAAUCCAUUGAAGCAGGCUGAAUUUUACAAAAUGCUUCUUCAGUCUGAUUAUCCACAUGUUGUAAUCAGCCGGUACGAAACACCGGGAAUUGCCACCUCGCCCGAAUGUUUGCAGUUGUAUAUCUCUGCACUUUUGAAGAUGGGAAACACAGAGAAAGCAGCCAGGUUAUCUCAUUUGUUAGAUGGUUCAACGCCCACUGUUAGUUCAGCGUUCGCCGGAGGGCACAAUAGCCCUCGUGAACCCCUAUAUGUAAGGAUCACUGAAUCACCAUGGAUGAUGGCAUCUAAGUGGAUCAAAUAUCUAAUUAGCAUAGGGCUGUUAACAUAUGCAGCGUUGGAAAUUGCUACUUUCUUUGAAGAAGAAGGACCUUUUUUCAAGAGCACAGCUUCUUCUACAAAGAUUCAGCCUGUGGAAGGAACGACGGUGCGUUUCGAUGAUGUAUGUGGAGUUGAUGAAGCUCGUGCGGAGUUAGAAGAGAUUGUCGAAUUUUUAAAAGAUCCCCAAAAGUUUACCAAUCUUGGAGGAAAGCUUCCCAAAGGUGUGUUACUUACUGGCCCUCCCGGGACAGGUAAAACAUUGUUAGCAAGAGCAACCGCCGGUGAGGCUGGUGUUCCAUUUUUUUUUAUGUCAGGUUCGGAGUUUGAUGAACUCUAUGUGGGAGUUGGUGCCAAAAGAGUUCGUGAGUUAUUUGCCGACGCCCGAGCAAAAUCUCCUGCUAUAAUUUUUAUUGACGAGUUGGAUGCUAUUGGGGGAAAGCGAAACCCUAAGGACCAAGCACAUGCGAAACAAACACUCAACCAACUAUUGGUCGAGCUAGAUGGGUUUUCUCAAACUGAAGGCAUAAUUAUUAUCGGUGCUACCAACUUUCCGGAGUCUCUGGAUAAGGCUUUAACAAGACCUGGCCGCUUUGAUAAAAUUGUGAACGUAAGUUUGCCUGACGUCCGGGGCCGUAUUGCAAUUUUGAAACAUCAUAUGAAGAAUGUGCAGAUGUCCAAAGAUGUCGAUCCAUCCUUAAUUGCCCGAGGAACUCCUGGAUUUUCAGGCGCCGAAUUAAUGAACGUCGUGAAUCAAGCUGCGGUAUAUGCAUCACAGCAGAACGCUUCAGCUGUGAAUAUGCAGCACUUGGAAUGGGCCAAAGAUAAGGUGUUAAUGGGCGCAGCUCGCAAGACAAUGGUCAUGACUGAAGAAUCACGCCGAACAACAGCCUAUCAUGAAGCUGGGCAUGCGGUGGCUGCCAUGUUCACUCCAGGUGCAACUCCUUUGUAUAAGGCAACUAUACUUCCUCGUGGUCGUGCCUUAGGCGUUACUUUCCAAUUACCUGAGAUGGAUAAGAAUGAUAUCACAAGAAAAGAAUGCUACUCUCGAUUAGAUGUUGCAAUGGGCGGAAGAGUUGCUGAAACUAUGAUAUAUGGUCCUGACAACACCACUAGUGGCUGCUCAUCAGAUCUUCAGAACGCUACUAGUGUUGCUCGUGCUAUGGUAACUCAAUACGGCAUGUCUGAUCAAAUCGGCCCUAUACGUUUGAGCGAUGAAUGGGAAUCCUGGUCCUCGAGGAUAAGGGAUGAAGCUGACCAGGAAGUAAGAGGACUAUUACGUGAGAGUGAAGAGCGUGCUCGCAAACUAUUACAGGAGCGAUCAGUUGAACUUCGACGCCUAGCGGAGGGGCUAUUAGAGUUUGAGACCUUGACGAGAGAUGAGAUGGAAAAGGUUGUUCGGGGUGAAUCAAUUGAUCGAUUAAAGGUGUCUACCAAUAAGAUUAUCAAGGCAAAGCCGACGAAGAAAGAGCUUUCCCUUGGCGAAGUUUCUGAUGAAAAACUUUCAGUUAAAGUUGAAGUUUGA